AUGAAGAAAAUGUCCCGUAAAAACUUUCGUGGUGGUCCUUUGUUCUCGACCAAGUCCAGUAGUUCUACGGCAUCUCAUAGUAACUCCUCAUCUCCAGGCAUGGGGGGAAGCAGUAUACGUCGUGCGACGUGGGCUGAUAAAAUACGGGAAAAAUUACCACCAUUAGGUGAAAAUGAAUAUGAAGUACUAUGGGAACGAGGUGUACUGGGUGUUAUCUUUCUAGAAUCUGAAAAAGACGGGAUUCCGUACGUGUCGAAAGCUACCGAGUCGUGUAUCUCAUCAGCUGUUAAUCAGGGUGAUAUCCUCAAGUUUGUGAACGUUGUACGUUCAAAAGACCAUUCGUUUUCCGACUUUUUCAAGAUAUUAGCUACGAUGAAAAAGCCCGUAUUAUUACGGUUUGAGCGACUAUCAGCCAGCACUCCGUCGUCAGAUGACGAAGAGAAUGCCCAGCUAUUUGGUGUUCCUCGCUCUAGCUCAACGAAUACAAUGAAUCCUUCUAGUCAUUAUGCAAGACAAAACGUUCCACAUGGUGACGAAACAGACAUGGCCGGCAAAAUUCAGAGAGCCAACUCGGUACCGCAGAAAGACCAGAAACCACCUAAGGCAACACGAGGGGCAUUUUGGCGUGCUGCAGGUGCCAAGGAUUCGGUUAGUCCAGUUAAUUCAUCGCACUCGAUUGGACCGAAUGCGAUGAAUGGAGGAAGUGAUCACAUAGCCACGCCGCAUGAGCAGCGCCGGCUGCCGAGCAAUAAAGACCACCAGGUUUCGCCACGAGACGUCUCACCGGCGAACGGGUCUGGAGGCAAUCUUUCACACUCACCUCUUGGACCACAUGAGUAUCAGGUGUAUUGGGAAACUGGGCCGCUCGCCAAUGGCAUCAAGUCGGCGGAAUACACGUUCGAGGCGUUUUUUGGCCGCCUUCAGCAGAUGAAUAAGCCCGUACGGCUGGUAUUUAGGCGAAGACAAUCAACUGAUGCAGCUGUGACCAUUAGUCAAGGAGAGUCUCAACAGCAGCAGCAGCAGCUUCAACCACGACAGCAGCAAAUGCGUGAGCAGGAGCAGAAGCGUGAGCUGCAUAGACUUCGUGAUCAGCAGGAACGUGAACAGCAACAGUUAAGGGAACAAGAGCAGCUGCUUCGUGAACAGCAGCAGCAAGAACUAUAUGAACAACGACAGCAACAGAUUCGCGAACAGAAGCAACGAGAGCAGCAAGUUCGUGAACAGAAACAGCGAGAACAGGAGUUGCGUGAGCAACAGCAACGUGAGCAGCAAAUUUGCGAUCAGAAACAGCGAGAACAGGAGCUGCGUGAACAGUUGCAACGUGAGCAACCGCAACGUGAGCAACUGCAACGUGAGCAACUGCAACGUGAGCAACUGCAACGUGAGCAACCGCAACGUGAGCAACAGCAAACUCGCGACCAGAAACAGCGACAUCACCACGAAGGAGGGUCGCGUAGUCGCACAUCAUCUGGCACACAAGACGCGUCCCAGUCGUCAUCAACAUUACCGAAUGAGAGUAUUACGCAUCACCGUAAUCACACUUCUAGCCCAAUUACUAAGCGUGCUUCUACUACGUCCCCUUGUGCAUCUUCUCUUCAAGUCCAGUUGGAGUCCGAUGGCCAUCAUCAUGAGCACCGUCAUGGGGAUAAAUGGCACGAACAAAAUGUCUCAGGUACUAAUUAUCAAAUGUCGCCAAAAGUCAAUACGUCUUCCAUGGUACGGAGCUUGCCAAAAUCUGGGAAUUCUUCGCCUAGUGCAUCGCCAAAUAUGGGCAGUUCUCCUAAGGUGAGCAGCUCGCCGUUGACUUCGCCUAGCUCGCCUUAUGUUGCAACGGAAAUCACCAACGACGCAAGCGAUUUGGCGCCGCCAUCCGCUAUGGACGUCGCUGACGAAGCGCCUGUUGCAGACUUUGCCACUGAGGUGGAGAAAGGGGCUGUUGAAUUAUCAAAAGAGAGCCUUGGUAAGAACGUUUGUGGUAAUCGAAGUCGCAAUAGUAGUGAAGAGCAACGACGGAAUCAAAAAGCAGCAACUACUGCGCAUGAAGCGGAGCCAGUGUUGUCCCCGGUCAGCAGCUUAACACGUCUGUCACCGACGGAGCCCUGGGACUUACCCGAGUACAUUCCAUCGCCGAGGAUUCUUAAGGUGGGGGCAAUAGCCGUAGACAAGGAUAUUGAUGCCGGUAUGUCGUUGUUACCAAGCGCUGACAUUGAUUUGGAGGACGUCGUUAUGGCUAAAAAAGCCAAGUUUGCUGUAGAAGCAGAACUUUUUGACGAAGUCGAGUUAACAGAGGUAGCAGAAGUGCCUGAUAAAGCUGAAUGCUCAGAAGCAGGAUUACCUGAAGAAGACGGGUGUGGCGAAGAAGAUGAGCUUGCCAAUGAAGCAGAGUUUAUAUUGCCACCACUGCCUGUGGGAUACUUAGCAGUCGAUAGUGCCAAUCUUGACGUGGAGGUAGGUAUGCUCGCGGAUAUUGAAAUGGGAAUUGCUGUUGACGAGGCUGACUCGGAAGUUGCAGAGAGCAGUGUGUCAGGAAGUGACCAGAAUACGAGCCCUUGGGAUCUCGAACUUGAAUCUGAUGACUCGAAGAUACAUCAUCACCACCGUAGUAGUGCUACUUCAGUGAGCGACGAAUCUAUGUCUUCAAGUGGCGGGAGCGCUUUGAUUGAUAACAACGUGGAAACCUCCAAGGUUGACUUUGCAGACGCGUCUGACCCAUCGGAUGAGUUCUCACACGAUCCGGAUAUCUCUCGUGAUAUUGAUAGCGUGGAGAGCGACAUCAUGAUGCGGGAAGCUCCUAAAGACAAGAUGGAUUCAGCUAAUGUACCGAAACCAAACAAAUCACCGUUGCACGCCAAUUUGGCUAAGUAUAAGAAGAAGGGUAAAACUGGUCGUGGUGUUGUGAAGCUGCCGGCACUCAGUGAAGAUGAUGCUUUGACGGUUCCGCUUGUCGCUCCAAAUGCUGUGAACACGACCAUCCAAGUGCGUGGUCGACCAAAACCCAAGUUGACAAUGGCAGACACUCCUGACAGUACGACGUUCUUAAUUAAGUGGAAGGAAAAUCGGAGCAUUGGCUUGCAGCUGAAGGAGGUACGUCUUGCCAAGGGCACGUACCCGUUGGUGACGGACGUAUGCCACGAGCCGUGUUGCGAGCUGCUGCGGCACAUUUGCGUCGGCGACGUAAUCGUUGAGAUCAACGGUCGCAACACAUCUACAAUGGGGGUGAAGAAGACUGUCAAUUUUCUUAAGACAUGCACGAAGACGACUUUGAUGAAGAUUCGUCACGGACCGGCGUUUGUGAACCAGCGAGUGAGGGCAACGGUAUGA